AUGGAUCCUGGUCGCUAUGGUCUUCAGCCUGGAUGGGAAAAUAACAGCGCCCUCGAUCGAUACACUGCAGUCCAUGAACCAACUUUUCGGGCGGGUGAUUCAUACGAUGAUAGGAGGUAUUUAGAUGACCGUUUUCCAAGAGACGAAAUCUAUUCAAGGAACUCCUUCCCACGCGAUGCAUUGGAGAGGGAGACCUUUCCUCCUCCACAGGAGCCAGUUGGAUCUUGGCCUCAAACUCAAACAAGAAGGCGAAGCUAUGAAGAUGAAUAUCCACUUGAUAGAGAUUCAAGGCGACAUGAUAAUAAUCCAUACCCUGAAAUCGACACUGUCAAAUACCGUGAUGUUGAUUCAUAUCACUAUGAUGAUCAUGGAUACGAAAGGCCUCCAAGAUAUAGUGGACGUGAACGUGAACGUGAACGUGAUGAUUAUGGAUAUGAUGAUUAUGAUUAUAAUAGAGGUCGUGUGUCACAAAGCAGAGAGGAUAGCCGUGAGAGAGAUUAUGAAUAUGGAAGUGGAAGGCAUAGCUAUGAUUCUGAUUAUGAAAGAGGUGGUAGGAGUUGGAGAAGGCGUGGGUCCCGUGAUAGAAAAGGUUUGAGUAGAGAAAGGGAUCAAAGUCCUUACAGAAGGCAUGAACGUUCUAGGUCACGUGGACAUGAUGACCAUGUUAGGUCAAGAUCUCCAAGAAGUCGCAGCCAUGGCAGAAGUCAUCGUGAGGACAGCUAUGAUGAUGACAGGGAUAGAGACAGAGAUAGAGACAGAGACAGACAUGACAGGUCAGAUAGAAGAAGAGAUCGUGAUGAAUAUCGUCACCAUGAACAUUAUUCAGUGGUUCCAUCUGCUACUGUUGUUGUGAAGGGUCUUUCCCAAAAGACAACUGAAGAAGAUUUAUAUCAGAUGCUUGCUGAAUGGGGACCUCUUCGUCAUGUUCGUGUCAUUAAAGAACGAAACUCUGGUGUUUCUCGUGGAUUUGCAUUUAUAGAUUUCCCUACCAUGGGAUCUGCACGUUUGAUGAUGGAUAAGAUUGGAGAGGAGGGUCUUGUUGUGGAUGGUAGGAAGCUGUUCUUUGAGUACAGUAGUAAGCCAACUGGAGGAGCUGGUGGAUCUGGUUUCGGGUCAGAUGGUUCAUCAAGGUCAGGGCACAUAAACCACAGAAAUACAAUGGUUCUUUCUGAUUGGAUGUGCACAAUAUGUGGUUGUGUUAAUUUUGCACGGAGGACAUCUUGCUUUCAGUGUAAUGAACCUAGAACAGACGAUGCUCCUCCAGCAGACAUGUCAUCAUCAAAUACUAAUUCAUUUGGUAAGAAAGGAGAGACAGGUCCCACACAUGUUUUGGUUGUGAGAGGUUUGGAUGAAAAUGCUGAUGAGGAAAUGCUUCGUUAUGAAUUUUCCAAACACGCUCCAAUUAAGGAUCUUCGACUUGUGAGAGACAAAUUUACUCACGUCUCAAGAGGAUUUGCAUUUGUACAUUUUCAUUCGGUUGAAGAUGCCACAAAAGCCCUUGAGGCAACAAAUGGGACAACACUUGAGAAAAAUGGCCAAAUUUUGAGAGUUGCAUAUGCAAAAAGCAUACUUGGACCAGGAACAGGGGCAUCCUCUUCUCACUCGAGCAGCCUUGCUGCUGCAGCAAUUGAGGCUGCUGCAUUUGCUCAGCAGUAUGAUGCUGUUGGAUGGGCGCCAAAAGAGUAUAAUCCAGAUGAGAAACAAUCAAAUGGGCAACAAGAGCAGGGUGGAAAUCCAAAAGAUGCUUCGGCUCCACAAUCUGGUUUUGUUUGGGAUGAAGCAUCUGGUUAUUACUAUGAUGCUGCUUCUGGAUUCUAUUAUGAUGGAAAUACAGGUCUAUACUAUGAUGGAAACAAUGGAAUUUGGUAUUCGUAUGAUCACCAGAGUCAACAAUACGUUCCUUGUAAUAAUGACCAAAACGAUAACAAAAAAGAAAAGGAACCUUCAAACACUAGAAAAGUAGUGAUAUCUGCACCGGCUGCCACCACAACUACCGCCAGUUCGUUGGCGGAUGCUGUUCAGGCGGCGGCUAUAGCAGCAGAGAAAAAGGAGAAAGAGAAGAUGAAAGAAAUAAAACUCGCUUCAAAAAGUAGUAUUUUAGCUAGCAAGAAGAAAAUGAGCAACGUGCUUUCCAUGUGGAAGCAAAGAAGCCAUGAGAGUCAAGCACCACGAGAUGCCAAUCAGUCAACAGAAGACAAAUCCAACACUGUAACUGUAAGUGUAACUGGUAGUGUUGGAAAGUUAAAAAACGAGGCUGCAGUUUCUUCUGUUAACACAUCGGUCCAGUCAGCAAACAUAGAUGCACCAAGGCCUGUGGGAGGGGGGACUUUGAGAGGUGUGAUUAGGGGGUCUGGUAGAGGGGUGGUGAAAUCAGAUACUACAUAUGUGGGGUCAGGGUCAGGGUCAAAUAAUGUUGCAUCAACAACUGCAAGCAUGGAAGUGAGUAAUUCAUGUGCAGUGCCAUUUAGGACAGAUGCAUCUGCUUUGGGGUCUUACACACCACCAGCAGCUGCAGUGAGUGGUAGAAGGCGGUUUUCAGAGGCGCCUGUACAUGGACAUGGACAUGUACAGUCAGCAAUGUCUGGUAAAGAGCAACAGCAGCAGCAUAGUGGUUAUAGGGAUCGAGCUGCUGAAAGGAGGAGUUUAUAUGGUUCGUCAUCUUUUGGGGAUGAUGUUGGCGUUGGGGAUCCAAAUGGAGAUUCGGGUAUGAAAAGGAAUUCGAUGCCUUUUCCGCCUGGUGUUGGUGGGACACGUGGAGGUGGAGGUGGAGGUGGAGAGGCGGCAGGUGGGGGUGGUGGAAGUGGAAGUAGCUAUGAGGUAAUUACAGCUGAGAAGGCGAUUGAUGAGAGUAAUGUUGGCAACCGGAUGCUUCGAAACAUGGGGUGGCAACAAGGCUUGGGGUUGGGAAAAGAUGGGAGUGGGAUGGUGGAGCCCGUGCAGGCACAAGCCACAGAAAAGAGGGCGGGACUCGGGAGUCAACCCAAGAAGGCGGUGGACCCUACCCUGGAGGUGCAAGCAGGUGAUAGCUACCGGACUCUCAUUCAGAAGAAAGCACUUGCCAGAUUCCGAGAGAUGUCAUAGAUUCGACUAUCUAUUCCGUUUUUUUUUUCUUGGUAAAUGAGUAAGAAGAGGGUUUGGAAGCUUUAGGGUUAUGAUACACUACGGCUUCCAUUUCUUAUGUGAUGAAUUUAAGUGUGCUGCCUGCUGUUUACAUUUCACUCUCCCUUGGAGUUUAUUAUAGAUAUUGUUUAUAGGAUUUAGGAUAGUUUUUGAUGUUGAAGAUGUUGGGAAUCACUUGUGGCUAUUCACUAUUGAUUUCUAAACCAAAUGGAUGUUCAUAUGUGCUAAAGAAUGUUGAAUAUGAUAUUUUGGUAUACCAUGAAUCACCAAGACACAAACAAUGGAGACAAAGUACUACUGUACAUGCACACAUCAAUCAAAUUCCACAUGUCUCAUACAUACAUCAUACAUGUGCAAGAUGUAAGUGUGGAUUUUAUGCAAUAGCUCUUUGUAUCGGUCUUCUUGAAGAUGCUUGGCCUAAUGUUUGAUGUCAGUUAGUUGAAGAGUUAAAUGUUUACAAGUAAGAAUAUGUCAUCAUGUUUGAUAAUGAAGAAUGUGUUUGUGUUCGUAACUCCUUGAAUUUCUUUGACGUGAAUAAAAUUCAACUGUGU